AUGCUCCAAGAACUCGGUCAAAGUGGCACCCAAAUACCUCUGCACCACCCACAUCUCAUCACAGUUCAUACUGGAUCCACCUUGGUGGUUAUUACUCGAUGUGCUCGAGAUGUGGGAGAAGAUGGCAUUGAAGACUGGGCAAGUACCUAUGAACGACGGCUUGAGACCUGGCCAUCCGCUAUGGAAAAGGGCGGGAAAGAUGAUCGCUUCAUCUUACGGCUUUCAGCGUAUAUGAGAGAGAGUUGGGCUACUGGUCGAUUUUGGAUGAGCUAUGCUGCCCGAACGAGCUGGUCCUUUGUCGUUAUCUAUUGGAAAUACCUAGAUGAAAGAUUCUUCAACAAGAGAGCAGAAGGCACCCCUACAAAAGAGUUAUGGAAGGCCAGAGUACAGCUGCUGACUGACGAUAAGCAAGAAGCGAUGGAGGUACUGGUAAAGACAAAAGUGGAAGAAUCCAAGGAGGGUAUUCUGAUAAACUGGGAGGCUGAAAAAGCAAGACAGCAUCUAUCUUCCUUUUUAGUUACAUAA